AUGCAUCCAGGCGUCCUGGCUGCCUUCCUCUUCUUGAGUUGGACUCAUUGCUGGUCCCUGCCUCUUCCCAAUGAUGAAGAUUCUGACGAUUUGUCCGAGGAAGACUUCCAGUUUGCAGAGAACUACCUGAAAUCAUACUACUAUCCUCUGAAUCCUGCUGGAAUCCUGAAGAAGACGGCAGCAAGCUCUGUGGUUGACAGGCUUAGAGAAAUGCAGUCUUUUUUCGGCUUAGAGGUGACUGGCAGACUUGAUGAUAACACCUUAGACAUCAUGAAAAAACCAAGAUGUGGGGUCCCUGAUGUGGGUGAAUAUAAUGUUUUCCCUCGAACUCUCAAAUGGUCCAAAAUGAACUUAACCUACAGAAUUGUGAAUUAUACCCCUGAUUUGACUCAUUCUGAAGUUGAAAAGGCAUUCAAAAAAGCCUUCAAAGUUUGGUCUGAUGUGACACCUCUGAAUUUUACCAGAAUUCACAAUGGCACUGCAGAUAUCAUGAUCUCUUUUGGAACUAAAGAGCAUGGUGACUUCUACCCAUUUGAUGGACCAUCCGGUCUAUUGGCUCACGCUUUUCCUCCUGGACCAAAUUAUGGAGGAGAUGCCCAUUUUGAUGAUGAUGAAACCUGGACAAGUAGUUCCAAAGGCUACAACUUGUUUCUUGUUGCUGCCCAUGAGUUUGGCCAUUCCUUAGGUCUUGAACAUUCCAAGGACCCAGGGGCACUCAUGUUUCCCAUAUAUACCUACACUGGCAAAAGCCACUUUAUGCUUCCUGAUGAUGAUGUACAAGGGAUCCAGUCUCUCUAUGGUCCAGGAGAUGAAGACCCCAACCCUAAACAUCCCAAAACGCCAGACAAAUGUGAUCCUUCCUUAUCCCUUGAUGCCAUUACCAGUCUCCGAGGAGAAACAAUGAUCUUUAAAGACAGAUUCUUCUGGCGUCUACAUCCUCAGCAAGUUGACGCAGAGCUGUUUUUAACAAAAUCCUUUUGGCCAGAACUUCCCAACCGUAUUGAUGCUGCAUAUGAGCACCCUUCCCAUGACCUUAUCUACAUCUUUAGAGGCAGAAAAUUUUGGGCUCUUAAUGGUUAUGAUAUUCUGGAAGGUUAUCCCAGAAAAAUAUCCGACCUAGGAUUUCCAAAAGAGGUUAAAAGGAUAAGUGCGGCCGUUCACUUUGAGGAUACAGGGAAGACGCUCUUCUUCUCAGGAAACCAAGUCUGGAGCUAUGAUGAAACUAACCAUAUGAUGCAUAAAGACUACCCCAGACUAAUAGAAGAGGUCUUCCCAGGAAUUGGUGAUAAAGUAGAUGCUGUCUUCGAGAAAAAUGGUUAUAUCUAUUUUUUCAAUGGGCCCAUACAGUUUGAAUACAGCAUCUGGAGUAACCGUAUUGUUCGUGUCAUGCCAACAAAUUCCCUAUUGUGGUGCUAA